CUUCAAGAUGUUCAAAUUGCAGUUGGUUGUUGUUGUUCUACACCUUUGGAACAGCAGACGCGUGUUGACUAUUCUGGUGCGGAGAUGUCCAUAUGCUCAAGAGUGUCCCAUGGGGAAGGCAAGGUCCGAGACAAAAUUGAGAAAAUCCGACCGCUGAGUGCAAAUGUCUAAACAUACAUCAUUAGCGACGGGGCGUUGUGUCUCUUCUCGCUUGUAAGGAACAAUGCUCUCUGAUGCAAAGUCAGUUUGAAGUCUGGUCCUGAAGCCAAGGAAAGGCGUCAACAAAUCCUCUCUUAGCGUAUAUCAUCGUUCCACCACCAACUCUUUUCUGGCUAUAUUCAUUUCCCCAGAGUUUGCAGAAUUUUCACCGUUGUCGACCUGGCAUGUCAUCACCAAGAAUGGGGGCAAUGAUGAGACUUGGGGAGCACGCGAGCAGAGUGGAAAGAAUAGGUUCUGCCUUCCAUUCCCAGCCAUUCUUUCCCCGGACCUACCUCCUCGACCGUUUCCUGGGGAAAUGCCUGGAAGAAAGUCUAUUUCAGUCUCCACGUGAGUUUUGUGCAAAAUGCAGCAAAACACACUUCGUAGCGGUCGGUUCGACUCUUCCAAAUCUGCUGGCCAAGGAACUCUUUCCGAUGAUUUUGAAGCUCAUGCGGAUGGGUUAUCGGGCCUUCUCGAGCUCUGAGGACACGUUUGAGCGGGGUCGUUGCAUGGAACAUGCCGUUCAAGGCCAUGAUAGGUUCAUGCGACCGAGAUGGGGAUGUAGAGGAAAGCUUCAUGUGUCUUGGGAGAGAUCAAGAGCUGGAAACAAGAUGAUUCUCUUGGUUGGAUGGAGACAAGAUCGAAUGGAGAAGAUCAACUGAGCUUGGCGACACAUCUAGGCGUCGCUCGAGCAACGGGC